AUGGAGAAAAGUAUGGAGAAAUGUGGCAAGAGACUGGAAACACUGUGGACGCGCGUGGAGGACCUGGAAAAUCGCAGCAGGAGAAAUAAUGUAAGAGUGGUGGGACUGAAAGAGGGCAAGGAGGAGACGGGCAAAGUUAUUCAGUAUGUGGAAAAGAUCAUCUCUCAGGGGCUCGGGCUGUCCGGCAGCGAGUUUGAAAUUGAACGUGCCCACCGCUCUUUGGCGCCCAUACCGGACCCGGACCAACCGCCCAGGACCAUACUGAUGCGCUUUCUACGUUCAUCGGCCCGAGACAAGGUGCUGCAGGUGGCUAAGGAGAGACGGGGGAUCGACUGGGAGGACUGUAAGCUGUCCUUCUUUGAGGAUGUAUCCAGAGAACUGGCGGAGAAAAGAAAAGCAUUCACUCCGGUGAAGAGACGUCUGCAUGCGUUAAACGUGAGACACAGGCUGGUCUACCCGGCGACACUCAUCUUCACAUGGAAAGGGCAGAAGAAAACUUUUCGAGACAGCAAUGAAGCGGAGGAGUUUGUGCAAGGUGCUGAAUAG